GUUGUUUUUUACUGAUUGCCUACACGUAUUUAUUCCUCCCCUUCUCGCCCCUCCCCGCAGCGUUUUUUCCCUUUCACUCUUCUCACUCCGCAUCUUCAACGCGUCUCAACGUCAUCUACAACAUCGCGAUAACGCGCCACAUUCAUCUAUUUUCAUCAAGACUUUAUCACCUUCAUCUAUCAUCAUGACUGGACGUGGCAAGGGCGGCAAGGGCCUCGGCAAGGGCGGUGCCAAGCGUCACCGAAAGAUUUUGCGAGACAACAUUCAGGGAAUCACCAAGCCCGCUAUCCGACGUCUCGCUCGUCGUGGCGGUGUCAAGCGUAUUUCUGCUAUGAUCUACGAGGAGACCCGUGGUGUUCUCAAGACCUUCCUCGAGGGUGUCAUCCGCGACGCUGUCACCUACACUGAGCACGCCAAGCGCAAGACUGUCACCUCCCUCGACGUAGUCUACGCUCUCAAGCGCCAGGGACGUACCCUCUAUGGUUUCGGUGGUUAAACAACUUUCUACCUUGAUGGUUCGCUCUUGAGAAGGAUUAUUCAAUUGCGCUUGUACGGCACUGGGAUGGAUGUAUUUGACUAAGGCGUUGGGGAAACGGAUAUGAUAUUACCAUAGGCGUCAUGGAAGACGACCUUGCAAAUGAAUACCACAUUGAACAUUGAUCACUUCAU